CAGCCGCCACUGGAUUGACAGCAGAGGCUGCAGCAGUACAUCACGUGCGAUCGGCACCGGGGGGGUGCAUGGCGUGCGGAGAUUUCCGUCAUGAUCAGGCUCACUGCAAAUUUAACACUUAUAUUUGUAGUAGGUGUAAUUUAAAAGGGCACUUGCGUCGCAUGUGUCCAGCAAUGGCAAAUGGAACACGGGCACAGGGUUCUACGCCUAGAGGAAGUGCUAAGGGUACCAGGAAUUCAGCUGGUUAUGGCCGAGGCGGAGCAGGGGCCACGCUCGGGAGCAGCGGAGCGCGCGGUGGUCGCGCCAGGAACAGCAGCUGGGGCAACUCACGGGUGCACUGGGUGGUGGAAGAUGGCCAGCUGAACCCGGAGGAGAUACCGUUUGAGGUAGAUGAAGGAAGCGAGGAUCCCGUUUACCAGAUGAGCCUUGACAAAUAUAAGCCGGCAUAAGGAAAUAUUCGAUGGGAGCUUGGGUGCGUUCACCGGCGGGCGGGCUCGGCUGCGCGUGCGACCGGACGCAGCCCCCGUGUUCUGCCGCGCGCGCCCCCUACCGUACGCGCUGAGGGACCGCGUCGACGCCGAGCUCGACGCCAUGCUGCGCGCCGACGUCAUCGAGCCGGUGGAUCACUCAGACUGGGCCACGCCAUUGGUAAUCGUAAAUAAGCCGGACGGGUCAUUACGAUUAUGUGCGGAUUACAAAUCCACAUUGAAUCGCGUUUUGUUAGUUGAUAAAUUUCCGAUUCCUAAAAUUGAAGAUUUAUUUGCGCAGCUUAGCGGUAGUAGGUAUUUUACAAAACUAGACUUAUCACAGGCCUACAAUCAAAUUAUAUUAGAAGAUGACGGUUCUAGAGAUUUAACGGUAAUAAACACGCACCGGGGAUUGUUUAGGUAUAAACGCUUAGUAUAUGGUCUUUCGUCUAGCCCGGGAAUAUUCCAAAGAAUUAUGAGUAACCUUUUGAAUGAUAUUCCCAACGUGACUUUCUUUUUAGAUGAUAUUUUGAUAACCGGGGAUACUUUAAACUCACAUUUAGGUAGCCUCCAGCAGGUACUACAGAGAUUGAGUAGCAACGGUUUGAAGAUAAAAAAACAAAAGUGUUCGUUUCUAGUACAAGAGGUUAAAUAUUUGGGGUUUGUGAUUGAUAAAAACGGGGUUAAGGUAGACGAAGACAAAAUUAGGCCGAUUUUGAAAAUGACGCGACCCAGGAAUGUUUCAGAACUCAAGUCGUUUAUUGGUAUGGUAAUUUUUUAUGGCAAAUUCAUACAAAACUUGAGCCAAAUUUUAUCACCUUUAUAUGAAUUAUUAAAGAAAAACAGAAAAUGGGCGUGGUCGGUCGAACAGGAUAGGGCCUUUAGCAUGAUAAAAAAAGUAUUGAGUGAGGCGCCGGUUUUAGGACAUUACGACGCGAACCGAGAGUUGGUGGUCACCUGUGACGCGGGACCGCACGGGGUGGGGGCCGUGCUGGCCAUGCGCGGCCGGCCCGACACCGUCAUCGCCUAUGCGUCGCGAGCGCUCACGCCGGCCGAGCGUAAUUACAGUCAAAUACACAAAGAGGCACUUGCUAUUAUAUUUUCAGUAAAGAAAUUUCACCAAUUCUUAUACGGUAGGCGGUUCACGUUAAAAACCGACCACAAACCUCUCGUGAGCAUCUUUGGCCCGGGUCAUGGUAUACCUAGUAUGACUGCGAGCCGUUUGCAGCGUUGGGCCUUGAUAUUAUCAGCAUACGACUUUGAUAUAGAAUACGUAAAAUCGGACGAUAACACGGCGGACGCUCUUUCGCGAUUAAUCGCGGCGCACAAGUUGUCGGGUCCUGUAGAUGAGGACGGUCCCGAACAAACAUAUUUACAUUUUGCAACCGAGGCGAUGCUUUUGGAUUAUAAGACGAUAAGUAAAGAGACUCGCAACGAUGCAUUAUUAAGUCGAGUAGUUAGCUACAUCCGAGACGGUUGGCCCCAAGAGAUAGACAUACGAGAACUUAAACCUUUUUUUAAUCGUAAAUCAGAGCUAUAUACCGAAUUUGAUUGCAUCAUGUGGGGUCAUAGGGUGGUGGUGCCGACGGCAUGUCGCGAGCGAGUUAUGAGGGAGUUGCAUGAUUCGCAUAUGGGGAUCGUAAAGACCAAAGCGCUGGCGCGUAGCUAUGUGUGGUGGCCCGGCCUGGACGAGGCCGUGGAAGGCAUGUGCCGCGCUGGUGCU